AUGGCGGUGACAGCAGCCUUGGCCAGAUUUCAGGCUGAAUCCAAGUGUCCCAUCUGUUUGGAAGACCUUAAAGACCCGGUCACCAUUGAAUGUGGACACAACUUCUGUCGUGCCUGCAUCCAGCAGUCCUGGGAAAAUCUGCAGGAGAUGUUCCCCUGUCCCGUGUGCCGCCACCUGAACGAAGAGGGCCACUACAGAAGCAAUCUCCAGCUGGGGAGGAUGAUCAAAAUCGCCCAGCAGCUCCACGUGGGCAGCAGCAAGAGGAAGAGGCUGGAAGAGAGCCCUCUGUGUGAGAAGCACAACCAGGCCCUCACCCUCUUCUGUGAGAAGGAUUUGGAGCUCCUGUGUCCUGUGUGCCUGAGGCCCCCCAACCACAAUCGCCACACGGUGAGGCCCAUCGCCCAGGCCGCCUCUACUCACAGGGAGAAGCUCUUCUCCUAUAUCCAGCCCCUGAAGCAGCAGCUGGACCACGCCCGAAAACUACUACAGACCCAACACAAGAAACAUCUGGAACUCCAAGAGAUCCUGGAAAACCAGAGAAAGCAAUUCACCUCUGAGUUUGAACAUCUGAAGCGCUACUUAGAGCAGGAGCAGCAGGCAGCUCUGUGUAGGUUGGAAGAAGAGGAAAAGGAGCUAGGACAGAAACUCCAGGAAAACAUAGAGGCCUUCACCAACUAUGGUUCCAGACUCCGCAGUCUGCUGCACAAGGGCGAAGAGCAGAUGCUGCUGCCCGAAGUGGAAUUUCUGGCCGAAGUGAAACAUUUCCACAGGAAUUUGGACAGUGAAGUUAGCCCGCCCAUCUUUUCCAGUCAUUUGAGGCCACACGCCUGCACUUUUUCUCCCCAGUACUCUGCCCUGCAAAAGCUCAUCAGGAAAUUUAAGGUGGACCUCGUUCUAGACCCUGAGACGGCGCAUCCGAAUUUGAUUGUCUCCAAGGAUAAGAAGUGUGUGAGCUUUUCAAAGAAGAAACAACAGGUGUCUAAUUCUCCAAGGAGGUUUAAAGCCAACACUGUGGUUCUGGGGGCUCUGGAGAUUGGCUCAGGGAGGCAUUUCUGGGAGGUUCAAGUAGGGGAUAAGGCUGAGUGGGGUAUUGGAGUCUGCAAGGCCUCUAUGUCCCCAAAAGCUAAAUCCAGCCCCCAGGGGUGCUGGAGAAUGUUGCUGCAGAAUGGCAGCUAUGAGGCUCCGGGAGCUGUUCCCAAACCUCUGAUAGAUGUUGUGGCCAGAUGCAUCGGCAUCUUCCUGGACUACGAGCUAGGGGAGCUCUCCUUCUAUAACAUGCCCGAGAAAUCUCACAUCUGCACGUUCAGGGGGACUUUCACGGAACCCCUGAAGCCCUAUUUCUAUAUGGGACCUACUUCAGAACCUCUCAGUAUCACCACCGCAGCAGGUUGCUUGCAGUGA